CAUUUCUGGGGUGAUUUUCUCUUGCAGUCCCUAUGUACUAGUAUAUAAAUGAGCUCAUAAAUUUCAAGACUCAACAACAAAUUUAUAGAAAAAACUUUCUAGUUUAUAGCAAUAAAAUUAGCUAAUAAUUAAGCCACAAUGGCUAUGAUAAGUCCUAUAAGUGUUGAAGUUGUGUCUAGGGAGACAAUUAAACCAUUGUUUCCAACACCUACUCACCUUAAAAACUACAUUCUCUCUUCUGACCAAAACUCUCCUCCCAUUUACAUCCCUAUGCUACUUUUCUACCUUAAUAAUACAAGUAUUAACACAUAUAAAAAGUUAUACAUGUUGAAGAAAUCAUUAGCUGAGUGCCUAAGUGAGUACUAUCCCUUGGCUGGUACAUUCAGAGAUGACUAUUCUGUUGUUGAGUGCAAUGAUGAAGGGGCUGAGUUCAUUGAAGCUAGAGUUAAUUUUGCUAUUUCCCAAAUCGUUGGAACUUCAGAUGUGAAGUUGUUGAAUCAGUUGUUGCCUUUUGAACCCAUUGGCAAUUGGGGUAAGCUCGAGGGAAAAAAAGAUGAAAAGGAAGUGCUUGUUGCUGCUCAAGCCAAUUUAUUCAGGUGUGGUGGUUUGGCUAUAGGUGUGUGUAUUUCUCACAAAAUUGCUGAUGGCACUUCAGUAGUUGCUUUCUUGAAUUCAUGGGCUUCCAAAUCUUUGAAUACCACUUGUGAAAAUGCUAACAUUGUCCCUCCUCCAAUUCUUGAUUCAGCAAAAGAUUUCCCUCCUAGAGAAGCGCCUCGUUAUCCUCAUGACACUGGGAUAACUAACAAAACAAUCGUCACAAAAAGAUUUAUUUUCGAUUCAUCAUCUAUACUAAUCCUGAAAAAACAAGCAUCAAACGCGAUCAUUGGUUCAUCAGACGAAAAUGUCAAGCUUCCAACUCAAGUUGAAGCCAUUUCAGCUCUCAUAUGGAGGCGCAUCCUCGCGCUUUAUAGAUCAAAGCCAAAACACGCGAAAAUUUGUGUAUCGGUUCAUGCAGUGACAUAAGGCCAAGGAUGGAACCAACAGUGCCUAAUCACACUUUUGGAAAUUACUGGACAGUUGCAAUAGCCCCUGCAGUGGUACAAACGGAACAAAAUGCAAGGAGACAUGAGCAGUGACAUAACAAUACUCGCGCAAAAACUGAACAAAUCAAUUAAGAUUAUCAAUGCGGAGUACGUGAAAAACAUGAAUAUUGUUGCACCCGUGUCAGAUUCUCCAAAAAUGCAUAGCAUUUCGAAGAACGGAGACACACGUGACAGUAACUAUAAAGAGUCUGAGCAACAUAAAUCAAGAUUGGAUGACCAUUUAGUAGAAACAACGGCGAAAGCUUUUACAAAGGGUGAUAUAGAAGUGUGCAAUUUCACAAGUUGGUGUAGGUUUCCUGUUUAUGAAGUGGAUUUUGCAUGGGGGAAGCCUGAAUGGGUUUGUAGUUCAAUUAGAUCAUUCAAGAAUUUGGUGAUAUUGAUGGGAACAAAGGAUGGAAAUGGCAUUGAAGCAUCAGUUAAUUUGUUGGAAGAGGACAUGCCUAUGUUUGAAAAUGAUCCUGAGAUUCUUUCUUUUGCAAAGUAUUUCCCAUGAUUCAAGAAUCAAAGUUCCAAGAACUCUUGAAUUUUGAAGUUUGACUAUCUAUCAUUUUUAAUUUGGAGUCAAAUUUCCCGUAUGAGCAUUCGAUACAUGUAUCAGUAUGUGGAAAACUGAAAGGAUAGCCAAUACUGAGGAUCCCCUAAACUCUAGCAUUUCAGAAUAAGGUUACUUUAAAAAAUAUUGUAUUUCGUGUUUGCCAAGUUCCAAAAGUGCUUAUAAAGAAAAACUAAGUGCUAUUAUUUUAGCUUCUCAAAAGCAGACUGGAUUACUACUCAGUGACUCACGAAGGUGAUUUUUGGCCAGAUAAAGAUUGGCAACCAAUGUUUAAUCACAAGAUUUAUAAGUAAUAAUCGUCGGUACAUAUAAUUUAAAUUCUUCCUAAGUUUAAAUUUAUAUUUGUUUCACGUUAUUACAUUGAAGUUUUGAUUAAGAUAGGGGAAUAAAGACACAAGCCCAAAAUAAAACUUGUCAUGACACAAAAGUUAAUUACUCGUUUCUACAAGUUGGACACAAAAGUUUCACCCAAAAACAGUGGCUUUUGGGUCAAACUAAUAAGUUUCGAUUCCAAUAAACCAAAUCAGCUGCAAUAGAAUCCUGAAUUCGAGCUUAUAAUAUUAAAAUCAUGAAUUCUCCUUUGUCUUGAAAGUGCUAGCAACAACUUAUCCAGAAAAGGGUACUAUUCUAUAUAUUAUAUGACUAAAAGGAACAUACAUUGACACGUAUGUCAUAUAAAAUGAAACAUAACUGCUUAGGAUAUAGUUAAUAUGUGGUUAACAACGUGAUAAUCUAUAGUAUAUUAAUUAUUCUAUAGGUGAUGGGAGGUGGCACAUGCAAUACAAGCAAGCAAGA